AGGCUGUUAAUGGAGAGGAGGGCGGAUGACAGCCGGGACCGUGGUCAUCACCGGUGGAAUAUUAGCGACUGUCAUUUUGCUCUGUAUCAUCGCCGUCCUCUGCUACUGUAGGCUCCAGUACUACUGCUGCAAGAAGGAUGAGUCCGAGGAGGACGAGGAGGAGCCCGACUUCGCCGUGCACUCCCACAUCCCUCCUCUCCACUGCAACCGCAACGUAGUGUUGACCAACGGGCCGGCCAUCUACACCUCCUCCCCCUUCGGCAAGAAACCCACCCCGAGCCGGCCCAGGUGCCCCCGCUGGACCCCCUCAGAG